AUGACUCUGUGGCCCCCUUCCCAGAUCCCUGCCGGGCCCACACGGUCUCUGUAUACUAUGAUGCUUGCGAUAUUCCUACUUUCCCUAUGCGCCGUGACCAAUGCACUUGCAACUCAGCCACAAAGGCUUCUCGGGGAAUCCCUGCCUGCAGCGCAGGGAUCGCUUGAGUAUUCUGAAGAUGCUUUUGAUGAGGCCGAUCUUGCAGAAAGUGAUGCGUCAGACGUGAACUCGUGGAGCUGGGAGACUCCUGCCCAGACCCUGCAAGAUCUGCUGGGCGCAUUGAACGUCAUGCAAGACAAAUACUUCUGUCUGUGGCUAGGUACAUGGCCGACCAGCAUUGAUUGGACAGCUGCUGUCCUCGGAACGCAUGUCGGCGCCGCAUUGUCGUCGUUUACUUCCUCCUACAACUUUGACGCCGAACAACCGCACAACGUUUCUUUCGCCGGACUCGAGAACACAGUGAAUCAAUUCUUCAGCCAGCUUAACACUUUCUACUUUGGCGAGAACGCCUUUGCCCUGCGGAAUCAGGCCUACGAUGAUAUGCUUUGGGUGGUGCUGGACUGGCUGGAGAAUAUCAAGUUCCAGGACCUACAUACCGGGCUGCACUAUGCUUCCUCUAAUGCCUCGAGUCUCUCGACCGAAUCAAAAUGGUAUGGUACUCAGUUCCGCGACUCGGCUGCACACCGCGCGCGCAUCUUUUACGAGCUCGCCUCGGUAGGAUGGGACAAAACUCUCUGCGAUGGUGGAAUGAUCUGGAAUCCGUCCCUCACACCGUACAAAAACGCCAUUACAAACGAGCUGUACAUAUCCGCAAGUAUCGCAAUGUAUCUAUACUUCCCAGGCGACCCCAUCGACGCCCCAUUCUUGACCACCAACCAAGACCCAGCCUCCGGCCUGCACAACCCCAUCCACCUAAAAGCAGCAGUCGACGGAUAUAAAUGGCUGCGCAAUUCCAACAUGACCGGUAUACACGGCCUCUACGCAGACGGGUUCCACAUCAGCGGCUGGCGCAGCUCCUCGAAUCCAGGCACACGGAAGUGCGACGUGCUGAACAAGAUGGUCUUCACAUACAACCAGGGCGUCGUUCUCAGCGGGCUGAGAGGCCUCUGGCUCGCUACCGGCUCACAGGAUUACCUCCGUGACGGCCAUGAACUUAUUCACAAAGUCCUCCGUGCUACAGGCUGGCCGCGGACUUCGUCAGCCCAGUGGGCCGGUCUCGGGCGCGGCGGUGUCCUCGAAGAUACGUGCGACUCACACUCUAGCUGCUCGCAGGACGGGCAGACCUUUAAGGGAAUAUUUUUCCACCAUCUGGCGGAAUUCUGUCGCCCACUCCGGCCGCAGGAGGAACGAUUCCUGGCGGGUGAAACGCCACGUCCGGCUGUAGAUGGGGAAUGGGAGCAGGUCUUCCGUCGGCAUUUGAGUAGAUGUCGUGCCUAUGGGCCGUGGAUCGAGCAUAAUGCCCGUGCGGCACUUAUGACCCGCGAUGACGAGGGCAAGUUCGGGAUGUGGUGGGGGUUGCCAUUCUCGUCUGCGCUGGCCGAGGGACUUGCGGAUAGCAGUACUCUUCCCGAAGGCGCGGUGGAUUACCGGAAUGGCGAAAUGGAUGUCGGGGCCAUGACGGCAGGUGUGCCGCGGGACUUUAAUGAUCGUGGCCGCGGUCGCACGGUUGAGACGCAAUCUGGCGGUGUUGCGGUGCUACGGGCUCUGUUCCAGUGGCAGACGAGCGAUGCCCUCUCAUGA